UACGUUUUUCAUAAUUGACAUUUGCAGCGUGAAAUGGAACGUAAAAGGUAGAAAGUUACGUAAAAAUUUACACUAGAGGUCGCUAUAGUGCAUCAACACCUCGAAUCGGCGACGUCAACGGUGCGAAUAUUUUUUGUUUUCUAAGUGAAAAUUGUUGUUUUCUAGCCUUUUAUAAGUUAAAUUACUUUUUACAAAGUUAUUAUAAGUGUUUAUCUUCAAUCAAGUGUUAAUUUUUUCCUUAGAAAGUUGAAAGUUUAGUGUUUGAAGUUGUAACGAACUCUGGGAUCGCUCACUUUUGGGAAUAUAGGUGUCAACGAGGAUGAUAUUCUCCUCAUAUUCGGCGCCGUUUAGCUAAGAUUAAGAUAAAUUAUUUCACCACCGUCCCGUCACAAAAGAUAUCACAAUGCAGCGGCAUUAAGCUGCAAUACAGGUGGUAUCUCGCCAUGCAGCGCGCGGGUGGGAGCACGGCCUGUGCGCCAUGAGCCACACUCCUAUAGGCGGCCACCCGCAAGGUUGGGAUCACAAGCUUGCUGACCGGUCGUCGCUGCCGCCGGCCUCUGGCGAGGAGAGGAAGACCCACUCCAGACAUGUCUUCGCACAACCACAUAUGUCUAAAAUGGGAGCGUCCGGAGCUCUGCGCUCGGAGACGGAGGGGUCGUCGGGCAGCUCCGGGCAGUCGGCGCGCUCGCUCGCUUCGCCGCCCUACAUGCGGUGGGCGCGCUCCCUGCACGACCUGCUCGAGGAUGCAGAGGGCGUGCGCCUGUUCCGCAAGUUCGUCAGCGGCGCCGGAGCCCUGCACGUGGACCGGCUCAACUUCCACUUCGCGGUGCAGGGCCUGCGCCAGGAGACGGAGCAGACCAAGAUCCGCCAGGUCGUCUCCGCCAUAUACAAGUUCCUUCGCAAGUCGGCGCUGGCGAUGCCGGAGGAGCUGAAGACGCGCGUGAAGGCGGCGCUGCGCGACGGCGCGCCGCUCGAGAAAACCGUCUUCGAUCGCAUGGAGCAGGAGGUGACUCGAGCUAUAACGGAAUCGACCUACCAAGCCUUCCUGCUGAGCGAGGCGUACGUGUCGUACGUGUCGGCCGCCACGCAGCCGCUGUCCUCGCCCGACGCCUCGCCGCCCGCGCCCAAAGAGGUGAGCUUGGGCCUGGCCACGCUGCACGAGGGGCAGGAGCUGGGCGCGGGCGCGGGUGUGGGCGGGGGUGCGGGUGCGGGUGCGGGCGGGGGUGCGGGUGCGGGUGCGGCGCCGGCGCGGCUCACGCACGACGCGCUGCUCGCCACGCAGGCGCGCCGUCUGCACCACGACCAUGCGCCUAAGCACCGCACGAAGUCGGUAUAUAGCGCCCACGUCACCUACGCGGGAUACACCCCGGCUUCGAGACAAGACUCCGAGCGAGCGAGCUUGAGCAGUGGACGGACGGACAGUGAUGUCGUCUCGCUCUCCGGGAGCAGCGUGGACGGGUUGUCGGCGCGCGGCACUCGCGAGCGCACGCGGCGGCCGCGGCUGCCCGGCCUCGACCGGAACGCUGUCAUCAACAAGGAGCAGGAUACCGCUAUGGUGAUACCGCGAACACAGCGGAUGUCGGCGGAGGCGCUGCGAGUGUUACCGCCGGCCGAAUUUGCUCCUCUCCUCAUUGAGAAACUGGAGCGGGUGCAGCGCGACCAGGUGCUGAAGGAGCGCCUCGAGCGACGCCUGCAGGAGGGUGAGGGCGAGGAUGCGUCGACGCAAGCGUUGCCUCCGCAACUUGUCGCGGCCGCCAUUCGUGAGAAGUUGCAGCUGGACGACGAUAACGACCAGGAUAUCCUCGACCAGCACGUGUCGCGCGUGUGGUCGGAGCGCACGCCGGGCGCGUCGCCGCCGGGCGGUCGCCGCGCACGCCGGCCGCUGCCCGUGCACGCGCACGCGCACGCGCACGCGCACGCCCGCCGCGCGCCCUCCGCGCUCUCCGCCGACUCCGGACACUGCGACGCAAGCGAGCGCGCCCACCCACCCCUCUCGCACUCCAGUUCCCUCCGCAGAUCGUUCUCGAAGAAGACGGUGACGGAGCUGACGGACAGCGGCGUGUCGGUGGUGAGCGACGGCGCCAGCGCGGGCGGGCGCGUGCUGCAGUGGAUGGCGGAGGGCGAGCGCAGCCGCCGCGACACGCAGCACUCGCGCGCCUCCUCCGCCGACCGCGACGAGCCGCGCCGCCGACCGCAUCCCGCACAGAAGCCGCGUGUAACCGGCAGCGGACGCAGCGGCACAGGCGGCAGCGGCAGCGGGAGCGGCUGCGGCGAGCACACGGUGGUGGUAGUCGCGUUCCUGGACGAGGCGGUGCCGUACCGGUUCAAGGUGCCGCAGGUGCCGCUCACGCUGCGGACCUUCAAGGACUUCCUGCCGAGGAGGGGCAACUACAGAUACUUCUUCAAGACGGAGUGCGCGGACCUGGACAACACCGUGAUCCAGGAGGAGGUGAGCAACGACGCCGACACGCUGCCCAUGUUCGACGGCAAGGUCAUGGCGCGCGUCAAGCCCAUCGAGUGAGCGCUCGCCUCGCUCAACGUGUACGCUACGCUCAGCGUGCGCGCUUUGUUCGACGUGCACGCUUCGCACGAGUGUUCUGUGCAACGGAGUUUAGACUGCAAACGGUCAGAUCUGGAUUGUGAUCACUUGAUCAGUUGCCAUAUUGCGUGCUAACUUUUAUUAUAGACUGUUGAGAUGAAAGUUUUAAGGAAUGUGUUCAUUGAGUAUUACCUAGCAUAGUGCCUUUGAAUAAAAAAAAGAGAAAUGUGGUAUGACAUUUAAAUAUCGGUUUUUAUAAAAGUAUUCUGUGGAAUUUAUACUUUUCUCUAUUGUUUACAUUUACGUUAUUUGCUGGGUAAUAUUAAAUGAAUACAUACUCUCUGUUGACAAAAUGUCAAAAAUAAGGUCACAAUUUUUUUUAUGCCUCUGGUUAGUUUGUCCUACUAAACUAACUAAAGGUACGAAAAUGGAUCUGACAAUAUCUGCGUCAUUUUAAAUCGAAAUAAGACAACUUGUACAGUUUAGUCAUAGAAAUUGAUUUUCUUACAGAGAUAAAGAGUUAUGCACAAAUCUCAUACAACUGAUAGAUACAGAGCACGAAUUGUGAUAGAUUUAUGAACAUCUGACGAAUUGUGAAAUUUAUAAAUGAAUAUAUGACAGCAGGUUAUCAUAUCGUAUCGAUACUGAUUAUUCGUUGUACUAAAUAUAUUUAGUAAAUUAUUCUGUAUCGAAUGAAACGGUUAAAAACCAUAAUCAAUUGUUUUGCCAAUGUGUACGUGUACGUGUAACUAUUGUCAUCGAAUAGUUUUAUUGACGACAACACUCGAGGCAGUGCGAAGCUAGAAUUUUUAAAAAUUAUUUAUUUUAUAGAAGUCAGUGUUAAGGCGGUUCCCUGAGCCAGAAGGCGAAAAAUCUUCUUAUAUGAUCAUGUUUUUCUAAGAGGCUUUGAUAUUCGUAGACGUGGAAAAAAUAUACGUAGUUCUUGACUAUAUUAUCUUUAACAACAUAGCUUCCGAUACACGAAUUAUGACACUUCGCUCGAUACAAUUAAUUCCCAAAGUAACCUCUAACUCGGACUUUUAAUCCUACUUUACUCGGUUACUUAUUAUGUGAUGCUAUAAACAAAAAAAGAAGAAAAAACAAUCUUAACAUAAAUAGUAAUUUCAUAGCUUUAGAUUUUCGUUAUUGUAAGGUAACGUUUUUAAAAUAAAUAAAAACCGACAAAAUUCGAUCAAAAUUGACACUUGGCGCGUAUGUUCUUUCCCGUUCUUUCUUGCGAAAUGUGGCAAAGACAGCGCCAAACCGAUGGAACAGCCUUAAGUACAAUCGGUAUAAAUACGCGACUAUCUUUAUUUGGUUCCUCAAAUAUUGAAAUUCAAGCGCAGUGGUAAUUUGCAACGUUAAAUUUUAUUUGAAUAUUUAAACAUUGGUUUUAAUGUUGUUAUGUAGAACAAUGUUUAAAUAUUUCGAAGAAUACUAAUUUGAUAAUGUAGAAAUUGGACUGCGUUGGAAUUUCAUCGACGUUUUUGUCGAAGUUGCGAUGACAUUAGCACAUUUGAUCAUCACAAGGUUGCUUGUGUAGUGUCAUUGAUCGCGUAGAUUUUAUUAUUUUUACACGGAGCUAGUUCAGUACGCUUGUACGAUAUAUUUUAAGGCCGCUCGAUAAGCCACAUGUUUAUUAUUAAUUUUCACAUCAGCUGUCCGGACACUAGGUCAAGCGAUCAGUUUUUUCGUCAAAAUAAAUGGGUGGAUCAACUUUUUUUUUUUGUUGUUUUUCUGUCACAUUAGCCGUUGCAGUACAGUUUGUUAGAAGAAAUGUUAAUUUAUUUAUUACUACGUUCAACUAAUAUGCUAAGUAGAUGACCCAAACUCAUUAUGGAAAGUGCUUAUAUCUGCCACAAGAAUAUAAGUUUGGUUAUUUUACAUACAAUAAAACCAGGGUCAGGCGUGGCUCACUCCACGAUUUUUUUCGCGCCGCUAUAAGUACAUGCGACCCACACCAAUUUUGGUGUCUACCAGUAGUAGUUGCCGCGCACCGCUGCGGAAUGGACGCCUGCUCGCGCUUGCGGUCUUAUCUGUCAUAAUAGACGCGUUUUGUUGGAGAGUGAACCUUCUGUACCUAGUACUAUUAUUUAUUCUGUGCCAGGGUUUUAAGAGUGACCCAGGAUACCGUAACCAUGACAACGACUGACAAGUAAGUUGAUUCACCCAAAUACUGCCAUAAUGUUUCUAGUGUCUGGCUUGCUCUUGCAGCUUUACACGACUGCUGUUACACGUCUGCAAAAAUAUAUAUAAGGAUAAAUAAUAUCAAUGCAAACUAUACUCUAUCGAAAUACAUUUAAGUGUUAUUUUGCGCGGUCACGCAACAGAGUCGUGUAAGGCCGAGUCUAGUGUUAUUUGAAUGACUGCUUAGUUUGUAUAUUUUUAAAUUAAUAACUUAGCUAUAGUUACGACGUGUUCUGUUUAAAAUUUAUUACUUCGUUAAAUUGGCUUUCGGAAUUUUGAGAUGUUAAUGAAUUACUGUUUGACGGAGAGGGUACUGGUUUUCGUCUAACCUAUUUAAUACCAUAAUUAAUCUAGGAAAAAGGAAACUGUUUAAUAUAUUAAGGCCAAUAAGUAAAUAAAUCUGUUGUUGCGCGUACCCGUUUGGUUAAACUUCUAUUCCAAAUACAUAUUUUUACAUUAAACUAUAAAUUAUAUAGUCAGACCGAGAUAACUCUGCAGCGAUUGAUUUUUAUAUCACCGACGAGCAAGUGAUAUUUUAAACGUCAAACUUCUAUAAAAUAUGGUAUUUAAAUAACACUUGCAAAUCGCUGCAGAGUUGUCUUGGCAAUAAUUCCAUGGUUCCAUCUAAAUGUACAUUUUAUAUUGUAAUUUUAUAAUUCAAAUUGUAAGCUUCCUUUUUUCCGUAUAAUGUUCGAAAAGCAGUGUCUUCUCCGGAACAGUUGUUACAAUGAAUUUAAUAAUCUUCCAUCGUGUGAGAGGAUCUCAUGUAACUAAACGUUCUCCAUGAAGUACGAUACAUAUGAACAAUGAAACUGAGUAUAUUUCCGUUCUGCAGCUGUGAAUAGGACUUACUUAGCGAAAUAGAAUAAGUCAGUAUACUCCGGACUGGUUGCACCGCUUUCUAUAACCCUUUACCUUACCUUACUGUCAAAGGGGCGUUUUCAAAAUAAAUAUUGAAAACCUGAUUCUCACAUUUUUGGGUUUUUUCAGCUCGGAAUCACUGGCAUAUUCAAUCCUAAUGAUUAAAAAAAAGUCCCAAAAAAUUGUAAUUCCACUACGUCACGCACAUACAAGUGAAUUUUUUUUUCACACUAAAACGUGACGUAAUGGAAUGGACAUCUUUUUUUAAUGGCAGGAUGGAGAAUGCUGUCGAUUCUGAGUAGAAUGAGCCCAAGUAUGUCCAAAUUUGAAAGAAUCAGGUUUUCAAUAUUUAUUUUAGAAAACGCCCAAAGACUUCAGCUGACGCGCGCGGCUACAACCCAGUAUCCGACAAGGUUCAGGUGCGCGAUAAGUUUAGCGUUUACACAAUCUACGGUCUCGGUUUACUAUGGAGUGCCAUAGUAGACCUUAUUGGAAUGCAAGAAGGUAAAUAUUAAACUGUAUCCGUGCGCGUCUGUAGACGUCUUUGGAGGUCAAAGGGCUAACAAAAUAUACAGGACACGACCCAAGACCUGUGUUUACGAAACCAGUAUUAUGCUAUUUAAUAUUUAUAUCCAAUGGAUAAUUCUGCCAAGUAUUUUAAUACUAAACACAACCAUUUUUGCGAUCUAUUUUAACACGUAUUUCUUACAUGUUCUAGGACUGAAAUUCUUCCGCUUGCCAGUUUUAUCCAUUGGAACGAAUUAAUCUGCUUGCCCAGUGUUAUAAAGAAACACCUAAUACUUUACACAAUCCAGUGACCCGAUUUGAAAGAUUUACUAAAGACGCACAAGUAUGCCACCUUAGGGAGAAGAUAUUGCACAGGAAUACCAACCUAACCUAUUACUUUUUCAAUAAAUGCUUAAAAAUAAUAAUAUCUUACCACUUCGGUCAUCCCGAAACUACGCGCAGCCAGUUAUCAGACAGAGUCAAACAAAUACAUGAACGUUAAUUCUAUUAGUAAAUCUAUCAAUUCAGUAUUACUGUACCAUUCACAUCCGACCAGUGUUCGUCGGCCAAUCAGUUCCACUAUCGCCUAGUCCAUGUCCGCGAGUCCGCGGCACGAGUGAGCCGCGCGCGUCACGUACCUAUUGUUUCGCCUACUGUAACUGUAACAUAUAGCUUAAGUUAGUGUAUCCGGUCCAGCGGCGUGCCCACCCCGCCCCGCCCCGCCCCGCGGGUGCACGGUGCGAGAAUCGGGUGCGGAAAUAUGUGCCUUCAAUGUUAAUACAUUUUUCAUAGUUGAUGCUUCUAUUAGACUAAGUUAACACUUGUAAAUAUAGAUGUAACACUCCUUGGAUUCUAACUUUAUUUUUAUUUAAUUUAAUAUAACACAUUUUAAUUUAUUGCCGGUCUGAGACACAGCGUCUAAACUUCCCAGUCGAGCUCUCCUAGGUUGCUAUUGCUUCUGACAAUCAUCGAUCUAUUUAUAAGUCUUGUCACUGCCAAUUUUGUUUUUCGUGUCUAGCUCAAAUUACUGUAAUGUUGUUUGAUGUCAACUCAUGCGGACUAUUGCCUUUUUAUUUAAGAGAAGAUUAGAACUGUGCCGCUUUUACUUAUACAUUUUACUGAACGCUGCGAAAAUGAGUGUCUGUAAUUAACGAUUAUAGUAAAUAUGAUCGAUUUAAUCUGAAGGUUGGUGUAUGAAGACGUACCCGUGUCUGAGAGGUAUCGUAAUAUCCGGAAUACUUCUUCUUGUGUUGGAGAGAGACGCUGUCAAUUAGGCUUCUUAGGUACCGUGAAAUGGGGUGACUUUAAAAAUGUAUGCUUCGCAUAUAAUAAUCAUGUAUUUUUUUCUUUUGAAUGACCUCAAUGCAACUUUAUGCCGAUUUACCCUGUCGAAUACUUAAAUCAAUAAUGAACAAUUUUACUUUCUGAUCUAUAAAAGUAACUAUAUUUUUCAAAUCACUCAAUUGUGUCGCUUAACUUCAAACGGGUAAAUCCAUUCGACCCUCUUAGGAAAUAUCUUCCAUUUAAUACCAAAAUCACAAAAUCUGACAGUUGGAUUUACCCGAGUUUGAAGUUAAGCGACUCAAUUCUACGGUAUUUGCAUUGUUUUAUUUACCAUCGAAAGACGUGUUCAUUGACAGCGUCCGGCAUAUGUGCGGUGGCCGCGGGAAGUGUACAUUACAUAGGGCACUUUCAGACCUGUAGCUUCUCUCUAUAAUAAUACUGUCAUAAAUCUGUCCAUCAGGACACAAUAAUCGCUUUGAGAACCAUACAAAAUUAAGAACCAUUCAAAUAAUGGCGUUGCUAGAUUUGUCAAAUGUACCUAGAAUUUUGGAGCACAUGAUUUUGUAUAAGGACACUAUGGUUUUCAAAAUGUAACUAUCUCGAAGUUUAAAUUGUUUAUUAAAUUUGUACAGAAAUACAGUUUUCCAUGUUUAGUGAGGUAUACGAAGGUGAGACGUGAGGUGGGUCGCGCACGCGCAGUAUUACAGAGCCCGCGGCCGCGGCCGCCGCGCCGCGCCGCGCUUGUACAAACUAUUUCAUUGCUAUAAUCGGACUGUAUUAUUUUUUUAUAUAGAACGUGUAACAUUUAAAAAAAUAAACUGGAACUGUGCCAUAUA